GGCCGCUUGUUCACCCACCCCCGCAGCGUGGCCCCGCCCUGCCGCUGCCGCUGCGCUCUUCGCCUCUAUAUCCGGUGAUUCCAGAUUACCAUGAUACAUCUCGAUCGGGGCCAUUCUUCUGCUAUCGCUCGUCAUCCAAAGUCCAAUUUGAUUCUGGCGGAUCCGUCCCAUGCUGAUCAGCCCUCCCUCCUCGCUUGGUCAGCGCCCACCCGUAAUGCCCCUCCAUUCUAUCAGGAACACCAGGAACCUCACACCUUGGCAGCAGAUCCCUCUAAACAACAAGUCCAACCGGACACCCCAACAACAAUCCCAGACGCCGCACUCAGGCCCGCAAACCCAGGUCCCAUAACCCCGGCCGACGCGGAGGACCCCAAGCUGCCACGGCCAUCCCCUUCUAGCCCCGCAGAUGUGCCCUCCCCCGUCGCGGAGAGCACCUCGUCCCUCACUCCGCCGCCAGACACCGCGACUCCCAGGAGUGUGUUGGUAGAAGUUGAGAACGUCGAGGGCACGUCAGCGGAGCCAAGGGUGCAGGCAGCGGUCCCCACGGUGCAGGCAGAGGAGGGAAACCUGAAGACAGAGACGGUGGACGAUGUGGAUCGAGCGUCGCGACAGUCGACCCCCUUGAGCGAGCUGUCGUCAGCUCCGGACGAUGACGCCCAAGAUGAGUCCAAAGAGGGGCAGGGAACCGCCGCCGAAUCGUCCGAGGAAGCACCGGCAGCUGGUGACCCCAAGCGCGAACCAGACUCGCCGCAGAACGCCACGAAGGAGUUGGUGUCAGCGACGAAUGCCACCGCUGGGCCAUCGUCAUUCAAAGUGCAGUCCCCACGAGAAGCCCCCACUGAGACUUCGUCUUCUCAUCCAAACAAUCCUGUGGCUCCGCGUCCCCCAGAUGCACAGUCAUCCUCUACUCAGACACAUCCCUCGUCCACGACGUCGAAGACACUGUCUCACACGGAAUACUUUUUGAAUAACAACUCAACACCAUCACGUCAAUCGCCCGCUCUCACAGCUAACGUAGGGAGCUCGUCGAGUGGUCAGCUAGAUCUCAAGGUCGUCACCAUUCUUGAAUUAAAUUCUCAAUUGCUCAGCGUCCUGAUGGAAUUCCAAGCCCGAGGCCAUACACCGGGUCUCCAUCCUCAGGAGGAGUAUGCGUCCCGGCUUCAGUCAAACCUCGGCUGGUUAGCGGCUGCCGCAGACGCCAACACUCAAGUUAGUCGGAGCACAUGGCCACUCCCGAACUUGACAGCCCCCAGUCCGGUCGAUUUCAUGUCGACUGAGCGUAUACAGCAGAUAUAUGCUGAUUUGCCUGCAAUAUUUGCCAAGGAGAUUGCACGGCGAGCGCCUGCGUCUAUACCCGCACCUCAGGCAGACCUGCUCGGCGGCAAGCUAAAACGAGAGAGGCCCGACGAGUUUAUUCCCGACCUGUCCAACAAGAGACGCGAUACUGGUGAGAGCAAGGUCCCAAUGCCCGCUACCCCUUCGGUCCACCACGCCGGUCCGCAAGCGGCCCAGAACUUGAUGUCACAUCCCAUGAAUCCGUCCACGCCCGCUCCUGCUCUGCAAGGCAGCCCGCUCUCGCAGAUGGGCAGUCCAUCGAUGCCGCCGCCCGCGGUACAUCAGGGCAUGAUGGGCAACGCGAACGAGGCGCAGAUGCGCGAGCGCGCGCGUCAGAUGCAGCUCCGGGCCGCCAUGCAGCAGCAGGCCCAGCAACAGCACCAUGCCCAACAGCAGCAGCAACAGCAGCAGCAGCAACACGCAGACGCAGCGCGGCAGAUGUCCCCACCCGCAGUGCCGCAGACGCCCGGGAUGGGCAUGCAGAACCUGCCAGGGCAAAACGUCGCGGGGCCGUCGUCGCUGGGCGGGAUGAACCAGGCGCAGCUCGCCGCGGCGCUUGCCCCGCUUGAACCCGACCCACCCGCUCAUACAAUACCUGAUGGGCCGGUGCCUAAUUUCGCGGAGCUGCCGAUACAGCAGCAGCUGUUGCACGUGCAGAGGGCACAAGCGAUCCUGCAGGAAAGGCAGCAAAUGCAGCGCCAGCAGAUACAGCAACGGCAAGCAGGCGGGUCUGGACAGGGUUUCAUGCAGCAGGGCAUGCAGAACUUCCAAAACACCGGCAUGUCUGGUGGCAUGCCCGGCCAGAACACAAGUCCGACGAGAGUCUCGCCCAUUUCACAGCAGAAUCCGAUGCAGGGGCAGUCGCAAAUGGGAGGGAUGCCGUUUACGAACCACGGGCCAAACGUGGGAGCAGGCAUCGACCCGCGAAUCGCGAACCUGACACCGCAACAGCAGCAGAUCUUUGCGACCUUGAACCCUGCGCAGAAACAGUAUUUCCUCGCCCAGCAACAACAACAACAGCAACAGCAACAACAGCAGCAGCAGCAGAUGAUGCGUGGAGGAAACGCGCAGAACUCCGGCAUGAACCCGAUGAUGCUGGCGGCACAAGAGCAGAUGCGGCGGGAGCAAGCGCGCAUGGCGCAGGUCAACAUGUCGCAUACGGCCGGCUCGCCCAUGGCCGGCGGCGUGGACGGAAACCAGUUCCCCGCACUCCGCUCAAAUCCGUCCGUGCCUGGCAUCGCGAGGAGUACGCGGACGCCAUCAGACUCGGCGCCCUCGCCGGGCGUGUCGCAGCGGAUCUCCGGGCACACGCCGGAAGAUCUGCAGCGCGCGAUGAUGCUGCAGCAGGCGCAACAGCGGGGCAUGACUCCGCAUAUGCAGCAGGGCAGUGGGUUCCCACAGAUGAACUGGCCGGGCACGAAUCAGCAGCAGCAGCAGCAGAUGCAGCAGAUGGGCCAGGGCCAGGGCCAAGGCGGGCUGGGCAUAUCGCCGCCGAAUAGCGCAGGGCCGAUGCACGGCGGGUUUGGCGGGAUGCAGGGGGGCGGGAUGCAAGGUGGAGGUGGCAUGAGCUCGCCCGUGCAGCUGGGCGCCCAGUGGCAGCAAAACGCCGGCAGCGGGCAGUUCCCGUUCGGUGCGUCGUCGCAGACGGCGAGCCAGCAUCACCCGGACUCGCGCCAGACGUCCGCGACGCCGAUGCCGCAUCAGCAAAUGGCACAAAACAGCCCACAGCCGGAUCAGGGCGGGCUGAACGAUUUCGACAUCUUUAACUGGAGUGGGAGCCAGUAG